CCGGACCAAAUGCAGACCACACCAGCGUCGUCGUCCUUCCAAUAAUUUCCGCAUUCCCAAAAUACCCCUAGGAUUCUCUCCGGAAUUUUCCAGCACCGUUCUCCGGCGCCGAUCGCCGCGGUGUCCUCGGACGGUCCUCCGAAGCUCUCUCUGGACCGGGAAUGGCGUCGCCGGUGACAUCCGACCACGACGAGGCGCAGUCGCUGCUGCGAGAUUCCGGCAAUGUCGACGGCUCGUGGCGGUUGAACUUCGAGAGCUUCCAGGUGGCCUCGGAGCACAAGGAGAAGCAACCGCGGGCCUUCCAUGACUGUCUUGGAGUUAAAGGCCCGGAGGAUAAUGUGGCAGAGUAUUAUCAGCAGCAGGUGGAAAUGCUCGAAGGGUUUAAUGAAAUGGAUGCCUUAGCGGAGAGGGGUUUUAUUCCCGGAAUGUCAAAGGAAGAGCGGGAUAAUUUGGCUAAAAGUGAAACCUUUGCCAUCAGAAUAUCAAAUGUUGCAAACAUGGCUCUUUUUGCAGCUAAAGUUUACGCAUCUUACAGAAGUGGUUCAUUAGCCAUUAUUGCAUCCACACUGGACUCAUUGCUUGAUCUUUUGUCUGGCUUCAUCCUGUGGUUUACUGCAUUCUCGAUGCAAACCCCAAACCCUUAUCAGUAUCCUAUUGGAAAGAGACGUAUGCAGCCGUUGGGAAUCCUUGUUUUUGCUUCUGUCAUGGCAACUCUGGGACUGCAGAUCAUCUUAGAGUCUAUGCGCACCUUAUUUUCUGAUGAAGAUGAGUUCAACUUAACCAAGGAUCAAGAGCGAUGGGUUGUGGGUAUUAUGCUUGGUGUCACUCUGGUGAAAUUGCUUUUGAUGCUUUAUUGCCGCACUUUCUCCAACGAAAUAGUCAAAGCCUAUGCCCAGGAUCAUUUCUUUGAUGUUAUCACCAACAUCAUUGGUCUGGUUGCUGUGCUCCUUGCUAAUUACUUUGAUGAAUGGAUGGACCCUGUUGGAGCAAUUAUUCUGGCCUUGUACACUAUUCGCACCUGGUCAUUGACUGUCUUGGAAAAUGUGAAUUCCCUAGUUGGAAAAUCAGCUGCUCCAGAAUACCUACAAAAACUGACAUACCUGUGCUGGAACCAUCACAAGGCGAUACGCCAUAUCGACACAGUCCGUGCAUACACCUUUGGCUCACACUACUUUGUCGAGGUUGACAUUGUCCUGCCAGCAGCCAUGCCCUUACAAGAGGCUCAUGACAUAGGGGAAGCGUUGCAGGAGAAGCUCGAGCUCCUGCCUGAAAUCGAGCGCGCCUUUGUCCAUCUAGACUACGAGUUCAGUCACAAGCCCGAGCAUGCGCAGUCACACUCUUAGAAAGAGAGAAUGUUAUAUAUUAUGAUGGUCCAGAUCCUUCUGUGUAUCAACUUUUGAAAGCUAGAGUUGAUCCCCAAUGGAGGAAAUAUCAAAACUGGAGAUGUGUAGAUAUUUGUUCUUGUCAAUGUCGAAGGACAUGGCACUUAAUUCUGGUGAAACUGGGUAUGAAUGCUGGUCCAUGCAUCUUGUAGCGAGACAUAGCACUUUUAAUUUAAAUGAUUCCCACAUCUUUUUACCACAAAUCAUAGCCGACCUCUCCCUCUAGUGUUCCUUUUAUGUUUUUAUCACAUGGUCAUGACUCAUAUCCCGAACAAGGGUUCGUACAAAAGCAUAUACUAUUUUCAGUAUUUUGGUUUCUAUGCAAUUAUGCAAUGAU